UCCGCUCCAGGCGGUCGCUAGGCCCUGAUUGGCCGGCGGCGCACCCUGACGUGCCCCGCACUCGGUAAUCCUGCCCUUCCGUGUGGUCGCGCGCUGCGGGGCGGUCAAGUGUUGCUGCAACCGUCCGGCGCAGGGCUGUGCGGCGAUUCCGGAGUAGCGGCUCAUUGCUGCCCCCCCGUCCCCGGCAUGAAAGAUGGAGAGUUCAAAUACAAUCAUCCACAAGCCUUUGAGAGCAAGAAAAACAAUGACUCCAAGUAGUCGAAAACAAGUGGAAAUGCUGAAUAAAACAAAGAAUAUUUCAGGACAAGGAAAGAUUCUAAACGGCUUGCAUACUGAGGAUCACCAUGUUCAGUUAAAUACGGUGGACAUAAACUGCAGAAGUAAUGAUUCUGUAAAAGGAAGCUCACUAACUGAAUCAAAAACAGAUACGUUCCCUGAAAAAAGUGACAUGUUACCUCAAAAAUUAACAGCCUCAAUACAAGGGUUCAGUGUUAACUCAAAAGUAAAUGAAGAAGUAAAACAAUGUUCUUAUGACAAAAAUUUUGAUCAAAACUGUCAAGAAGAAUCCCAAGAGCCUCCCCAUGAGAAAUCUUGUAACAAAAACUCUGAUGCAAAACAGUUUCUAAAUGCUGGGUGUUUACAAGAUAUACUGCAUAAAUGGUAUGAAAAUGAACUAAAUUCACCAUCCUCCAAGCCAGUUGAAGUGCAUUUGUAUUCAAAACCAAAUAACCUACCUGUUGACCAGUUAAAAGAGAGUGCUUGUUUAAACGAUCCAGUUAACAGUGAUUCUGGGGAUGAAAAAAGAACUAACAAGAUUAUUCCUAUUUUAGAAAAGAUAGACACAACAACAGAAAUAAAUAGUGCAAUAGAAGAGGUUAUUCCCAUAUUAAAAAAGGUAGACGUGAUACCUGAUUCAAAUGAUGUGAAGCACAAAUAUAACCUUACUAAUUCAGUUACCCCCACACUGCCUGGGACAGAUAGAAUAGCUGAUGGUUCGGAGAGUAAAACAUCCUAUGGAAAUGGUAGUCCAAAUAUUUCACCAGACGUGGAAGCUGCUGUUAUGCUGCAGGAUACAUCGCCUGGAUAUAGUAUUGGUGACAAUGUUCAAAGGAAGAGGGUAUGUUCAGAAAGCAAGGAAGACAGUCACUGUAAACGCUUCAAAACUGCUGAUGAAAACAAAAAAGAGAAUAUUUGUACAGUGCCAGAAAAAGAGGAAAAAUUUUUGGGAAAGGUCAAACACUUGAUUCAAAAGCGUGUGGAUAUUUUAAAUAAUGACGUCUUUAACCAUAAACUGGAAAGUUUAAAUGGAAGAGUUGAUCAAACACAAUGUCGAAAAAAACAUGAAGAAAUAGCCAUUACAUUUCUAAAGAAAGUGUCUAAGCUUGAGAGACGUAUUAAUACUGUGAUAGCAUUUCAGAAGAAAAUAUUAUCGAAAAUGGUCACUAGUAAGGCAAAUCUUCCAGGUGCAAACUCGCAAAAUGCGAUACUUAAUCGAACCAAAUCUGUUCCACCACUUCCUGAUAACAUAAAUGGACAAUCAGUUUCUUCAGUUAAACAUUUAUCAUCAUCCCAUAGACAAACUGGUUCCACUUCUGAAUGUGUUGCAGAAGAGAAUGUAAGCUCUGAUGAAGUUAUACUGAUUUCUGUGGAAAGCAGAAAUUCAACAACAGUAACAACUGCAAACAAUUCAGAUAUUCAAAAAAAAUUAGUUUCUACACAAGCAGAAAUUUCCACUAAAGCUCAAUCCAAAAACAAGUGUACUGAAGAAAAAACAAAAUCUGCAGUGAUUGAUCUAACAGAAGAAGAAAAGCACAAUUUUGAUAAAGGUCAAGACCUGGAUGGGAGAACUCAGGGUGCUGCAGGAAAUAGUAUUAGUGGCUGGCUUGGUAAGUUAAAAGAAGACCAAAAUUCUGUGUCAAACAAAAGUAAUUCAAAGAAAGCAAGCCCCAAAUCAAAUCGCUUUGCGCCACCAGCACAAGCAUCACAUCAGGUUCUUGAACAGUUUCCACAUCUUCCUCCGCUACCAAGGAUACCUCCAUACCCAGAACUCAAGGAUGGAUUCAGAGACACUGUGCCACCUCAGAAGCCUGAACUAAAACUGGCUCAGGUGCAAAAUCCAAAAGGUAUUGCACUCUCAUGGACUGUUACAGAGAUUGAUCCCAAGUGCGCUCCUGUAGAGAGCUAUCACUUGUUCAUAUACCAUGAACACUCCAAUAACAGUACUGCACCACACUGGAAGAAAAUAGGAGAAAUAAAGGCUUUGCCCCUACCAAUGGCUUGUUCUUUAUCACAAUUUACAGCCUCCAAGAAGUACUACUUUACUAUACAAUCAAAAGAUGUAUGUGGACGUUAUGGACCGUUUUGUGAUAUACAAUCAAUUACUUUAAUUUCUCUGGAAAACUCAUAAGCUACCUCAAUAACUGUUACACGGUUGUUUCAGUUUGAAAUAUUGUAUUUUUACUUGUAAACAAUCCAGAGCCAAGGAAUUAAUUGUACCACAGACUGUAUUCACUCAGUUCUGUUUCUUAUCUAUCAUGCCAACUAUCAGUUAUUUAUAUUCUGAGCAUUGUUCUAUACAUUUUGUAAGUUGUUUCUAAUAACUUGACACUGAGAAUUCUGUUUAUACAACUAAUUUCAGUUC